AUGGAACUGCGAGUGGGUCACAAGUAUCGACUAGGUCGAAAAAUUGGAUCAGGAUCAUUUGGAGACAUUUAUCUUGGGACAAAUAUUGCUUCUGGAGAAGAAGUAGCGAUAAAAUUAGAAUGUGUUCGAACCAAACAUCCUCAAUUACAUAUUGAAAGUAAAAUAUAUCGAAUGAUGCAAGGUGGCGUCGGAAUACCUGUUAUUAAAUGGUGUGGCGCAGAAGGAGAUUAUAAUGUAUUAGUUAUGGAUUUGCUGGGUCCAUCAUUAGAAGAUUUAUUUAAUUUUUGUUCAAGGAAAUUUUCAUUGAAAACUGUUUUGCUGUUAGCCGAUCAAAUGGUUAGCAGGAUCGAUUUUAUUCAUUCAAAAAAUUUUAUACAUCGUGAUAUUAAGCCAGAUAAUUUUCUUAUGGGUCUUGGUCGAAAAGGAAAUUUAGUUUAUAUAAUUGAUUUUGGUUUGGCUAAAAAAUAUCGGGACGCUCGUACACAUCAACAUAUACCUUAUCGUGAAAAUAAAAAUUUGACAGGAACAGCUCGAUAUGCUAGCAUCAAUACACAUCUGGGUAUUGAACAAAGUCGUCGGGAUGAUAUGGAAUCAUUGGGCUAUGUUUUAAUGUACUUUAAUCGUGGUAGUUUACCUUGGCAAGGUUUAAAAGCGGCAACAAAACGUCAAAAAUAUGAGCGUAUUAGUGAAAAGAAAAUGUCCACACCGAUCGAAGAAUUGUGUCGUGGUUUUCCAGCUGAAUUUACAACUUAUUUAAGUUAUUGUCGAUCGUUACGUUUUGAUGAUAAACCUGACUAUUCUUAUUUGAGGCAAUUAUUUCGAAAUUUAUUUCAUCGACAAGGCUUUACAUACGAUUAUGUAUUUGAUUGGAAUAUGCUCAAAUUUACUGGUCAACGUUUAGACUCAAAUAGUGCAAAUAAUGAAGGUUCAACAAAUAAACAUGAAAAUGGAAUUGGAACAAAUACAAACAAUCAUAAUAAUGCACCAGUUGAUGCUGGCGAUGAAAACAACCCGUCCUUUCGCACAAAUCUGAAUAAUACUACAUCUGUUGUUCAAAAUUCAGUAGUAUUAUCUCGGCUAAUCGAUUUUGCAGCCUAUAAACAAGAUGAUAAAUCAGUUGCAGGCGAUAGUAUUUAUAGUAAUAAAUUACUACGUAAAACUAUUCUCGAUCGACUAAUCGAUAGAAUAACAGCACCAUUUCGACGAAAUUCAAAAGAUGUUCAACAACCACAACCGCCAGUUUCAUCUGUGCCACUGCAACAACAACAACCAAAACAGCAACAUGUACCAUCAACAGCGACUGAUACAGCACGUUCUUCAUCAGCUCGAGCAACAAAAAAAUAG